AUGUCCUGUACUGAAGCAGCUUUGUAGGUAAAUACAAGUCAACCACUUCCCUCUUCUGAGUUCAUACUCGGGUUAACCUUGAGAAAUUGAUCCAAAGCUUUGUUUGUUUUGAUUGACUUCCAAUAACUGAGCAAAUGGAAAAAACCUUGUGUUGUGUAGGCCUAACAGUGACAUCACACACGCACGCACACACACACACACACGUACACACACACACCCGCACACACGCACACACACACACACGCACACACACACGCCCCCUGCCAAACCACACACAAAGUUUACUCUAAAAGCCCCUAAAUCAAACAGCGGUAGUGACUUGGAUUUGUUUCCCCAGUUCCCUCUAGCACUUCCUCUAGAGUCUGCUAGGGAAACUUUGAUUGACAGCUGGGGGGAGGGACCUUGUCCACUCCCAACACACAGAGGUCUGGGAUGAAUUAUCAUCGCCAUGGAGACUAUCAGUGGGAGGGUUUCGGCUUGCUCCAGUUUUCGGAGGGGCUCUUGACUGCACUCCUGCAGCUGUUGUAUCCCUCCAACACAAUGACACACACUCCUGCAAGCAUAUAUGCACACGCAGGCACACACACACACACACACACAUACAUACAUACAUACCUGAGACAAGUUUGGGGUCUCCCCUCACCCUUCCUCUCCCUAAACGGGGGCCCUUUGACCCUCCAGCUGUGACCAAACUGCAACUCAUUCAUAAAUAACCCCUCUGACAGCACACACACACACACACACACACACACACAAACACAGCAGGGGUUAUUGAGCUCAUGGCUUGGUUAACUUGCAUCUUAACGUUGGCAUUGUGGAGCAAGUUGAGUAAUGCUUCUAGGACCACACUUUAAUCAUGUGCAGUCAUCACAUUUCAGAGAGUUGCAUACAUCAUGGACUAGAUGUUGGUUAUGGAGCAGAUAAUUUCAUGUUUACAUAACCGGAUAAUGAUUUCAUUGAUGGAGCUCAACUCCACGUUUAUGGAUUUAAAUACCGCCCUGGGUCGUGUUCAUUAGGCUAGAAAUAAAGGAAAUGGACUGAAACAGAGCGCCUACCUGUCCUGAACUUAGUUUUUUGUUGUAAAACGUUUUGCUACAGUGUGCCCUACUAAAUAGGACCCUGGUGUUUCGUAGAGUAACACCCCCUUUACACCUCUAGCUUGAAGUUCCUUAGAGAGCUUCAAGUUCCUCGGUGUCCACAUCACUAAGGAAUGAACAUGAUCCACACAGAUCAACACAGUCAUGAAGAAGGCACAGCAACGCAUGGGCCCUCAGAUCUUGACUGACUGAAUCACCGCCUGGUAUGGUAACUGCUUGGCAUCUGACCACAAGGCACUAGAGGGUACUGCGUACGGCCCACUACAUCACUGGGGCCGAGCUCCCUGCCAUCCAUGACCUCUAUACCAAGCGGUCAGAGGAAGGCCCUAAAAAUUGUAAAAGACUCCAGGCACCCAAGUCAAAGACAGUUUUCUCUACUACCGCACGGCAAGCGGUACCGAUGCACCAAGUCUGCAACAAACAGAACCCUGAACAGUUUCUACCCCCAAGCCAUAUGACUGCUAAAUCGUUAACCAAAUAGCUACAUUUUAGUCAUUUAGCAGACGCUCUUAUCCAGAGCGACUUACAUGAGCAAUUAGGGUUAAGUGCCUUGCUUAAGGGCACAUCGACAGAUUUUUCACCUAGUCGGCUCGGGGAUUAGAACCAGCGACCUUUCGGUUACUGGCACAACGCUCUUACCCACUAAGCUACCCGGACUAUCGGCAUUAACCCCCUUUUGCGCUAACUCUUUUGUAACAGACUUGUCUUUCCAUUCAUCAAAUGGCCGCUGCACAGUUUGGAUUGAUUGAUUUUAUUUGUCAGUAAAAAAAAAAAUACACAGUACAUUUUAGUCAUUUAGCAGACGCUCUUAUCCAGAGCAACUUACAGUUAGUGAGUGCAUACAUUUUUCAUACUGGCCCCCCAUGGGAAUCGAACCCACAACCCUGGCGUUGCAAGCGCCAUGCUCUACCAACUGAGCUACAGGAGGCUAUAGUACCAGUCAAAAGUUUGGACACACCUCCUCAUUCCAGGGUUUUUCUUUAUUUUUACUAUUUUCUACAUUGUAGAAUAAUAGUGAAGACAUCAAAACUAUGAAAUAACACAUAUGGAAUCAUGUAUUAACCAAAAAAAGUGUUAAACAAAUCAAAAAUAUAUUUUAUAUUUGAGAUUCUUCAAAUAGCCACCCUUUGCCUUUAUGACAGCUUUGCACACUCUUGGCAUUAAUUGUACUGAUACAAAAAUAUCCCACUUUGUCUUUAGCGUAUUUAGUUUUGUCGCCAUUUUGGUCUACAUUUUUUAUCCGACAUGUCCUUUACUGGCAUAAAACGGAUGGAUGGGAACCUGGUUAAUGUCAGGCCAUUUUUAGGAUGCUGGAAUUAUAUUUUGGACGAACGUGCAAAAUUGUGACUGGUUGUGACUGGUUGUGUUUAUGCCUCAUAUGAAAGGUAAUAAAUGUUUAAAAGUUACAUUAUUUAGGCUAUAUUAAAGCGUUAGGUUCUAGGUGCUAGGCUAUAUUAAAGGUUCUAGGUGCGUGAGGAAUAGCCGCUCGGAUUGGAGAGGAGGCGUGCGUUAAAACUUUCCUGAAUAAAUGGGCCUGCCGGGAGUAUAUAUGGCCACAUUAUUAUAGGAGGACUUGGGAGAAUGAUGAUCUGCAACAGACAGCGUAUCUCAGUAUCAGAAGUAAAAAUACAGUCAGACUGGCCUGCUACUGUGCCCUUCUAGACCUUAUAAACUGUCCAGAGUAGGACCCACAACUGAUCCAAAUGGAAUGAAACAAUUCAAAUCACAAGGGCUUUGGCGCUGUUAUUCAAAUGACAUUUUCACUGCAGCCUAGAGUAGAAUUCUGUACUCACUUGAAAACAAUAAUGCAAUUAUUCAUUGCAUUGUAGUGUUGUAGACUAGUUUAGUUUGGAUAAUUGCAUUGUCCCUAAACAAGACCAAUAGGGGGAGCUUUUUGAGCUGCGUGUCACGUCUUCACUGUUCUUUCAUGUGCAAUGAUGUACCUGGUCAGCUGCCUAUCAGCUAUUCCUCUAUCUUGUGGAUUCAUAUAGAAAAUUGCUUUGAAUGCUUUUAUGUGUGGUAUGAUUGCUAGUUAACCCUACCACGAUUGUCACUAUGAAUGGUGGAUAGAGGGCAGGACAGACAGCUAGACUGGUACACUAUAUUGACCUGUGGUAUAGUCAAAGUGUAAUGCAUAAGGGAAGUACCAAAAAUAGGGGAGGUGCAUGCAAGCAGAUGAGGAAAUUUGGCUUACACCCCAGUAAAUGUAGAACUGUCCCUUACCCCCUACCUUUAUGUACAUAUCUACCUCAAUGACCUUGUACCCCUGCACAUCGAUUCGGUGCUGGUACCUCGUGUAUAUAGCCUAGUUAUCGUUACUCAUUGUGUAUUUAUUCCUCCUGUUAUUAUGUUUAAAUGUGUAAGCAUUUCACUGACAGUUGUUUAUGAAGCAUGUAACAAAUACCAUUUUAUUUUAUUAUCUAGCAGCUGCUCCCCUAGUAGUCACACCAGACUGCUAGCAUUCUGUUCUGUCACCACCUACACAAUAACAAUCAGAUCACUGUCUGUCUGCCCCGUUUCCCUCUGAACCGUAACCUUCCCUCUUCCUCCUCUCAUCACCGUCACUGCAGUACAUCAACACCUCUCAUCACCGUCACUGCAGUACAUCAACACCAUCUCAACACCUCAUCACUGUCACUGCAGUACAUCAACACCAUCUCAACACCUCUCAUCACUGCAGUACAUCAACACCAUCUCAACACCUCUCAUCACCGUCACUGCAGUACAUCAACACCUCUCAUCACUGCAGUACAUCAACACCUCUCAUCACUGCAGUACAUCAACACCAUCUCAACACCUCUCAGCACCAUCACUGCAGUACAUCAACACCUCUCAUCACUGCAGUACAUCAACACCAUCUCAACACCUCUCAGCACCAUCACUGCAGUACAUCAACACCUCUCAUCACUGCAGUACAUCAACACCAUCUCAACACCUCUCAGCACCAUCACUGCAGUACAUCAACACCAUCUCAACACCUCUCAUCACCGUCACUGCAGUACAUCAACACCUCUCAUCACUGCAGUACAUCAACACCUCUCAUCACUGCAGUACAUCAACACCAUCUCAACACCUCUCAGCACCAUCACUGCAGUACAUCAACACCUCUCAGCACCAUCACUGCAGUACAUCAACACCAUCUCAACACCUCUCAUCACCGUCACUGCAGUACAUCAACACCAUCUCAACACCUCAUCACUGUUACUGCAGUACAUCAACACCUCUCAGCACCAUCACUGCAGUACAUCAACACCAUCUCAACACCUCUCAGCACCAUCACUGCAGUAUAUCAACACCUCUCAGCACCAUCACUGCAGUACAUCAACACCAUCUCAACACCUCUCAGCACCAUCACUGCAGUACAUCAACACCAUCUCAACACCUCUCAGCACCAUCACUGCAGUAUAUCAACACCUCUCAGCACCAUCACUGCAGUACAUCAACACCAUCUCAACACCUCUCAUCACCGUCACUGCAGUACAUCAACACCCCUCAUUCACAAAUCUUCCCCCAAGUCUUUUUUUUAAUGUAUUUAUUUAUUUCACCUUUAUUUAACCAGGUAAACCAGUUGAGAACAGGUCUUGCACCCCAUUGCCUCUUGUCCUCUCCCCCACUUCCCAAAGCUCUUCCUCCACCCUCCCUCCCUACGAAGUCUUACGCCCUUCCCCCAUCCCCUGAAAGUGAUCCCACCCUCCCCUCUCCAAAUGUGUCUUACCCUUCCUACCCCUAUGGCACUGAUGAAGCCCAGAUGAGUGAAAUGUUUGUCCUGUAAAAUGAAAUAACUAUUGUGUGGACCUUCCCACUUCUCUCUAUUACCCCUCCUCCCCCUUCUUCACCCGACUCCCAGCCUCCUCCAAAGUCUCCCCCUCCCCUCACCAGGUUCUUGAAGAGUGCGGUGACCUCCCUGGUGAAGACGGCCAUGUUGAGGAACCCUGUGGACACCUCGUUGUUGUCCUGGGUCAGGUGACUGUUCCCCAGAUUCUCCAGCACCUCAAUGUACUGCUCCUUGUUCUCCGUGUGACCUAGAACCACAAAACACACUUCAUUGUUGUUGCCGUCUUUUGAGAGCUUUCUCUCCCUCUCUCUCCCAGCGGUGCCACUGCUCUCUGA